AUGUCAUGUAAUAUAAUUCCAUCAAUUGACAUUUUACCCGUUGAAAUUCUUCAUCGUAUUUUUGAUAAUCUUGAUGCUCAAACUAUUUUAUUUUCAAUUCGACCUGUGUGCCGAUUAUUUCGAGCAGUUGCGAAUACUUAUGAUCGAUAUGUUUUUGAUUUUAAAUUCAUUUCAAAGUCAAAUUUUCAUCUACUUUGUCGAUUAAUUAAUCCUCAAAAUAUUAUAUCAUUAACACUUCGUGAUAAUGAAUAUACACCAGAUCAAAUAGCAUUGUUUAUUUCAUUAGUUCGUCUUCGACAAUUGACUCGACUUCAUUCAAUAACUUUUCUUGGUAUUGAAGAAUUUCAAUUGAAUAUGAUUUUAAAACGUAUUGAUCUAAAUUUACUUAUUUCAUUUUCAUUGAAUAUUCGAAAAUAUGAUGAUAGACGAAAAAAGACAACAUUAUCUUUUCUUUCAUCAAUUAUGGCACAAUCGAAUCUUCGAAAAGUUGAAUUAAAUAUGAAAAGUAAUCGAAUAUCUAAUAUAUCAUGGCCUUUAAAAUGUGGAAUCACAUGUUUAACUAUAGAUGAACAUAUUCCUUUUGAUGAUUUGUGUAGAAUUCUGUCCUGUUCUCCUCAACUUCAUACACUCAUUCUGAGACAAAAUUUAUCCAUUAUGAUCAAUAAAAUAAUUCUACCAUCUUCUUUUUCACAAUUAACUUCGUUAACUGUAGAACAAUUAAAUGUAACAAUAGAUAAACUUGAAUCAUUUCUUUCAUUGACACCAUCACUUAUUUAUCUAAAAUUGAUUGGUGACGGAUCUGUAUUUGAUGGCAAGCGAUGGGAACAAUUCAUUCAGAUUAAUCUUUCUCAUUUGGAUACCUUUGAAUUUUUUAUUAGUAUUGAAAUGUUAACUAAUCAAACUCGUGAAGAUCUCGAAUUAUUAAUUGAACCAUUUCGAAGUCCAUUUUGGAUUGAAUACAAAAAAUGGUUUAUUGCAUGUGAAUUCAGUAUGAAUCGACCAAAUAGAAUUCAAGUUUAUUCAAUACCAAUCUGUAAAUCUUUUCUUCACUAUGAAUUAGGUUCAGAAAAAUUUUUUUUAUCUACUUCUUCGAUGUCGUUGUACCAUGAUCCACCAAUACUGAAUAAUAUCAAGGAAAUUAAUUUAUCUUGGGAAAUGCCAAUAAGUAAUGCUUUUACACAAGAAGCAUUCAAAAGAACCAGCCCUUUGUUUCCAAAGGUAACUAAACUUCAUAUCGGCAUUACCAUGAACUAUAUAGGAAAAAAUCCUCGAGCUUUAAAAAAAUUUCUUACAUCAAUAAUCGAUGUUUCACAAUUAGUUGAAGUCAAAUUAGAAAUUUAUUGUCUUUUCGACGAUAAAAAAACGUUAUGGUUUCACAUGAUGACUAUUAUUAAACAAUCACAUAAUCUUUCCUCUUUGAUAAUACAUAGUUGUCUUCCCAAAUACGAAUUAUAUCCAUUUCUGGAUAAUUUAUGUUCAGUUAUUCCACGUCAAAUCAGACAUUUACAAAUACCAAUUAAUAAAUUAGAUCAAAUUAAAAUCAUUUUAGAACGAUGUCAAGAUCUCUCAGUUGUACAAUUUGAGAUAACACGUUCGAAAUUUUCCGAAGAAGUUAUUCAAUGGUUUACUCAGAAUACUAUUGACUCAACGUUUCGGAGACGUGAGAGAUAUAAUACUAUAUGGAUUGGAAAGAAAACAAACGAAAUCAGUAUUAAUCACAAACGAAUAAAAUUAAUUGACGACAAUCAAUUCAGUUUUUAA